AUGAACCUUCCUCUCUUGUUAUACAUUAAGGAGACGGACUCAAUCAAAUACCUAGGAGUCACUGUAGACAGAGACCUUAAAUGGAACUCACACAUCAGCGGUGUAAAGAAAAAAGCAUCAGCUGGAAUUGCCUGUCUCAGAAAAAUAAGCCCAAGCAUCCCCAUCAACACAAGGAAACUCCUCUUUAAUGCCUUGGUUCGCCCCCACUUGGACUACUGCUCAGUAGUAUGGCAUGCCUGUAGCAGCAAGCUCAAAGAUAGAGUUGAGAGCAUCCAGAAUUAUGGCAUGAGGGUCAUCCUGGGCAAGCCUCCUAGGACUCCAAGUUCUCCGCUGCGUAGCGAGCUAGGAUGGACUACUCUAGAACAGCGUCGAGAAGAGCUAAUGCUGGUACAAGUCCACCGCAGCAUAAUUAAAACAGCACCUAAGUACUUGCAAGAACUAUUCACAAAGAACUCCGAACACAGUAGCAGACAAGCACAAGUAACAACUCAUGGACAAGAUAAUCUCCACCUUCCAAGACCAUCCACUGAGCUACUCAGGAAAAGUUUCAGUUUUCAAGGAGCUCUCAAGUACAAUGCGCUUCCUCAAGAACUCAAGAAAACAAAAACAGUACCAGCGUUCAAGAACAUUAUACACAAACUGUUCUCUAACUGCAACUAAGCAAUUAUUUUUCUACGUUCUUGUCUUUUGUUCAUGUCUGUAUAGUAUACAGGACCUGCAUUAAAACCCACACUGUGGAUGCAGCAUUUCCUGCCCAAAUAAAAAGU